UACAAUUUUAUAUGGCAGACGAUUCGAACGAGUUUCAUGACUGGCAGUGCGAUGGCGACCAAGCAGAUGAGCAAAACAGCAUGGCAGACAUCAUCAACAACCAGACCUGUGAAUGAAGUACAAUCAUCACUUUUUGUGAAGAAACUGGUGGCAAUGUCAAUUUCACAUAUUGUGUAUCUUCGAGGAUUACUUCCAGAGGAGGCAUUUAUGGAUCGAGAAAUGGAUGGGGUGCCAGUAAAAAUAAUAUAUGAAAAGUCACAGUUUGCACCUGCAGUGCAAAUAGUGAAGUGGCUCAAGGGAGCUUUUGAAGCAUUUGAUAAAAAAUAUCUCGAAAGAAUGGAAUUCAUAUUUUUUGUUGACGAAUCACCAGAACCAAUGAUUCUUGAAUGUUAUUCAUUCACUUUCACUUACGGUGAUGAACACGUAUUGAUUAGCUGCGAUUCGACAAAAGAGAGUCAAGCAGCAAAAAAGUUUAAAUUAGAUGAAAUUCGUUCUGCAACUGUGCAACUCUUAAGACUCACGACAAUGCUAAUGCAAAAUAUGCGAAAAGCUACUGAAAAUUUGUCAAUGAAAGUGAGAUUGUAUUAUUACGAUGAAGUUACUCCAGAAGACUAUGAACCACCUGGUUUCCAAAGAGCUCCAGUGGCAGAAUAUGUAUUUGAACCUAACAGUAGUAAACUUAGACAUGGGACAGUAGAUACUGGGUUUCACAGAGUUAAACUCAGUUCACGUAUUGGACCUUCGAGGUUUCAAGAGAAAAACGAAAUAUCAAAUGAUGCGCAGGAAACUCUUCAGAGGAAAAUAUCGGACAAGACUUCGCCGGCAGAAACAAUGGAGUGUCACUCAAGUCCACAAUCAUCCCCAAAAGAUUUGUGCUCGGAUACUACAGCGGUUGCCUCAGAGAAGAGCGGUCAGAUGGAAGUGGAAAUGGAAAAUCGUCUUAGCCCGUCGCAAGGAGGUUCAGGUGGUUUUAACAAAGAUACUCCAACAGAUGUUCAAAAUGCCAGUGUCCAUUGUGCAUGUGGCAUCUCAGAAGACGAAGGGCUUCUUAUUUUUUGUGAAAUUUGCCGACGUUGGAAUCACGCAAUGAUUUGUUUGUACCGUCGUGCUCUGGCUUUCUGCCUUUCGACGUGGCGUGUGGAUCAGAAGAUACUGUCCAGUGAACUGUCCAUUCCACCUGAAAUUGCGGAUGACUUGCUAAUGCGAAUGGAAUUAGAUCAAGUAUUCUCCAACAAAAGAAAAAGAGGAAAAGGACUUUAUCAUCGUAUUAACUCAUCUCAUCUAAGAGAUGUUGUUAUCCCAGAGUACUUUGAUAAGGCGACCGUAAAAUUGCCGUCAGCUUUGAAGCAAUCUUUACAUUCUGAAGACGUCACUAAAACGGAGGAGGAGAGCCCUAUCAAAAAUAAAUUAAGAAAAAUAAUACACGAGACAUGCACCGUUAUGUUAGAACCCAGAAAAUAAUUUACUCAAGAGAACUUGAUAUCAGAUUUAGUAAUUUUUUGUCAACUUUCUUAACAAAUUCAGUGAAUAUCAUCAAAACAAUUUGCAGUAUACAGUGAGAGAAUACAAUGUCUAUAAUUAUGUUAAUCAAAUUAU